GGUGGGCCAGUCAGAGAAGUUCUUGCACAGAAAGGUGGAACCGCUGUUCUACCAUGCAAGCUGACUGACCUCGGCGCUGGAAUCGUCACGUGGGUCAGACGGAGGGAUAGGCAGUUGUUGACAGUGGGAGCUACAACACAUUCUGUAGACUCGAGAUUUAUGAUCAGGCCUUCCAAUUCUGAUUGGACGCUUCUCAUCCACAAAGUAACACUUGAAGAUGCGGGACUUUACGAAUGUCAGGUAGCGACACAUCCCGUUCAGCAGAAUUUUGCCCGGCUGAGAAUCACCGAGGCGUAUUCCGAAAUACCAGGAGCUCCUGACCUUCACGUAAAACAGGGAUCGAGUCUUCGUUUAGAGUGUCAGCUCAUGUCAGCCACAGAACCACCGCUUUAUGUAUUUUGGUAUCGUCAGGGUCGAAUGAUAAACUACGAUUCCGAACCGGGUGUUCAAGUGGAACUCACAAAGAGCGGUUCUGUUCUUAUGGUUCAUAAUACUAAACUAACACAUGGUGGAAAUUAUACGUGUGCACCAAGCAACGCGAGACCAGCGUACGUUAUGGUGCACGUAAUCGAAGAGGAGGAGAAGCCUGCGGCCAUGCACGGUGGCGACAGGAGGAACUUGAGCCCUGCAAUUUUGGCGAGUAACUUUCUCGUGUCCUUCUUGGUGGCCGUCAGCUGGAGGAUACCAACUUUUACGAGCCUCUACCCUACGUGAAAAGUGUGUGUCUCCAAGCAGCUUGGGCAAACCCGAGAUACUCGCAAUCCUAAAUCCAAAAAAGAUCCUAUGGGUCAGGGUCUCCAGGGGUCGCGCGGAUCCUUCAUGAGUUUACGGGUUCCCAAAGUAUCCAAGAAGCAGGACGGGUCAACUUUGGCUUUCCCGUCAAAUCCCUUAUCGCGACAAAGUUUAUUUUUUAAGACAUACACACAGAGAAAAAGAACGAAACUUUAAGAAACGUGGGCUCCGAUCAAUGAAUCCUGGUCCUUGAUUCGGAAUUGAUCAGUCUUUCGGGACAUGGGUAUACUAUUAUGUACUCACAAAAAAAACUGAGUGUAAGAAAAGUCACAGUUGGUGUUCUUCGUUUGACAAGUUGAGCACUUAAACAAUUCGAGUAAUUUGUACUCACAAGCUUUCGACAAUUUUUAUUUUUUUGUAUAUAUAAACUAAAUUCUCAUAGUUUAGUUCUUAAAGGGUGAUAUUGAAACCAAAAGACCUAAUUUGAAACCAUUUAAAGUAGGGCAUAAAAUUUAGCAAAUUUCGUACUAAAAAACUUAUUUAUGUUAACGACCCUCCUCACCCAAUAGAAAUAAGAACCCAAAUAACAAUUAUCAACCAUAUCGAUAUCAGGCUUCAUAGAACAAAACGCUCUAAACACCGGCUAAAUAUGGAGAUUUUUCAUUAAAACAGGGGAAUAGAUAACUUCAAACAAAGAAAAAAAUAGUUCAAUUUUAACCAAAAAGAUAUUUUUAAACAAAAACAUUAUUUCUAUACGAAAGGGGUCAAAUUUUAGACCAAGUACAUAAAGUUUCAACCGAAUAGUGGAAGUUGCAACCAACUCAGAGUCAUUUUAAUUAAGUGUUUGAAUUUUUAUAUUAAAAAAAUCGACUAACAGAGAUGAAGUUUCAAACCAGAAAGACGAAUUUUCAACUAAAAAAGAACAACUUUCUAUCAAAAAUAUGACAGUUAUAUUAUGAAGCAAAAUAUUUCUUUUACACCAAUCAUGCAAACUUUGAGGUUUGAUACCAAAAAACCUUUUAAUCUUAAUAACAAAAUAGUUGAAUUCCACCAAAAAGAUUAAUUUUUUAACCAAAUAAUUGCAUCUUGAAGUAAAAAAGAUAAAACUUAUACAAAAAGCGUUUAAUUUCCAUACCAGAAUGAUUUUUCAAUUCAGAAAGAAACAAAAUUUCAACCAAAUUGUUGAAUUUUCUUUAUAACAGUUCAACUGUCAAAUAGUAGUUGAAAUUUCUACGAAAGUCCUUGAAUUUUUAACUCAAAAAAGAAGUCUGUUUGAACAAGAAGUUAGAUUUUCUACCCAAAGAGAUGAAUUUUCAAUAAAAGAAUUGAAUGUUAAAUUCAGAAAAUUCUUCAGUGAAAGAAGACGAGAUUCUCAUGCAGAUCAUUCUAAUUUUCAAGAAAAAAAGUUGAUUUUUAACCUGAUACUUGAACUUAAAACCAAAAAAGACGCAUCUUCCACAAAACAUUAUAAUUUUUAA